AUGUCAUCGGUUUCGACGGGGGCUGAGAAGACAAAAAAAGGCCCAAGAUGGAAGAUAUGUGCUGCUGCUCUUGUUAUUACUGGACUGCUGACUUUGCUCUUCGGCUUCUUACUUUAUGUCGCCAUCGUACCGGCAGUAAUCAAAUCGCAGAUUAUUGAGAAUUCCCGGCUCGUCGAGGGCAAUCAGAUGUGGAAUAAAUGGAUCGACCCGCAAUAUAAAAUUAACUUUAACGUAUGGGUGCACUCAAUCAAGAAUCCGGAUCAAAUACUCGACGGGGAAUUGCCGGAGGUGGGGACCACCGGACCUUAUGUUUUUAGGAAGAAGAUUGAAAAUAAAGUGGUUUCUCAUGAAAAUGGAACAGUGACGUUCAAACGAUUUGAUUACAAAUUCUUCGAUGAGGAGGCUUCUUGUCCAACAUGUAUUCUCGGGAAUAGAGCAUGGGUUCCGAAUCUCAUCUAUCAGAAAUUCGUAGAAGCAGCUUCUACUUCCGGGAUGAGAGCUGCUGCCACUGCUCUUCUGACACAAACCGCUUUCCUCGAAGUUGAUGUGGGAGAACUGCUUUUCGACGGAUACAAGGACCCAUUCCUUGACAAGAUCUGCGAGAUUCCAUUUAUGAACUUUGUCUGCGAGUCAAUUCUUGACGUUCCUGAACGCAUCGGUCUGCUUUAUGGGACAAAUGGUACAAACGAUGGCGUUUACGAGGUCAGUGACGGUGUCGAAGACUCAAGCACACUUGCCAAGGUUUUGAAAUGGAAUGGAGAGGAUCAUGUAGAUAAUUCGUGGUGGAGUGAUGACGAGGCUCGAAAAAUCCGUGGCACGGAAGGAAGUCUUUUCCCACCAUUCAUCCAAAAAGAUCAGCGCAUCUACGUAUUUAUCACCCAGUUAUGCCGUUCUGUGUACCUAGUAUUCAAGGAAGAGGUUAUGUAUCGUGAUAUCCCUGCGUAUCGCUUUGUUCUUCCGGCUGAUGUACUUGACCAAUCGCUAGACGAAAACAAAGGAUACUGUAAUCCGACAGACAAGAAGUUCUUCGCUAGUCUUCAGAACGACACCGAAUGUCUACCACGAGGUCUUUUAGACAUCAGUCACUGUCAACAAGGACAACCACCGAUUGUCAUCUCAAUGCCUGCUUUCCACUAUGCACCCGAUGAAGUGAAGAAUCAUAUUCGUGGCCUUAAUGCCACAAAUCCGGAAACCGAUGAAAUCUAUGUCGAUAUCGAACCGCAACUUGGUUCCGUUCUCUACGCGCAACGCGUUUUCCAAGUGAAUAUUGAAAUGUGGAAGGGCGAAAAUUUAGCAUUCCCUGUGAACCUCAAGAAAAUGCGUUCUUCCAUCGUGCCUGUAAUAACCGUACGCGAGAUUGCCAAUAUUGAUGAAGAUACGUAUAACAUAAUCAAGCAUGAUUUGAUCGACACGAGUGCAUUGGCAUACGGUGCUUCAAAGGUUAUUAUGAUCCUCUCGCUUUUCUUUUUCGUCGCUGCGGCAGCACUUGUGAUGUUUAAGGUGUUGGAUAUCUCGGGCUUGCUGGCUGAGGCCGUACGACGCAUUCAUCAUGGUGAAUCCGUUUCCUUCCUCUUCAACAACAUCCCAAAAAAGCCCGUUACUGAUGAAAAUGGGGAUUUAGUA